AUGCACCUCUUCCAACGGUCGAGAGAGCUCCCCUCUUCAAAAUUCAAACUUCACGGUUCCAUUUCCAAACUCUACAGCUCCUUCUCCUCCCCCCUCUCCCUUUGCAGCAAUCCCCAGCUCCUCCAUCAAAUACACUCUAGAUUCAUCAUACACGGACUCCACCAAAACUCUUCCCUCUCCUCCGAACUCAUCACCCGAUAUAGCAAUCUCGGUUGCCUCGACCUUUCCAUCAAAGUAUUUGACUCCAUUGACGAUCCCAAUGCUUCUCUCUGCAUUACAAUGCUUAGAAUCCUCUCAUCUCAUCAGAAAUAUGAAAAAACUCUCAUAAUUUUCCGGCAAAUAAUGGCUAAAUACCUUUUUCUAGAUGAGACAGCCUACCUUUGUGUUAUUAGAGCUUGCUCGAAUUUAUCCUCGAUUGAAGCUGGUCUCCAGGUUCAUUCUCUGGUGGAAAAACUGGGUUUUGAUGCCCAUCUCGAUGUGGGUACUUCUUUAGUAUAUAUGUAUGGGAGACAUGGUGCUAUCAAUGAUGCACGACAAGUGUUUGAGCGAAUUCCUGUUAAAAACUCGACUUCUUGGAAUGAGGUUUUGUCUGUGUUCAGUAAGCAUGGUGAUGGUAAGGAGUGUUUGAGAUUUUUCAAGAGAUUGAUAUUUGAAGGAUUCGUGCCUGAUUCCUCUACCAUCAUCUGCCUCUUGCGUGUAUGCAUUGAUUUGAACUGCUUAGAAAUGGGAAGGAGUCUCCACCUGUUGAUAAUUUUGUAUAAUUUGGUUGCUGAUUUAUCAAUUAUGACUGCACUUUUGACUAUGUAUUGUAAGUUUGGUAGCUUGGAGGCAGCGAGGUUAUUGUUUGAUAAGAUGGUCGUCAAGGACCUUGCUGUGUGGAAUGUAAUGAUAUCAGGGUACUCUCAAAGUAUGCAUCCAAAGCGGGCAUUGGAGUUGUUAAGAGAUGUUGCUAAAUUAGGGCUAAGGCCUGAUUUGUUCACUGCAAUUGCUUCCCUUGCUGCAGUUACACAACUGAAAUCUCUUGAGUUUGGUCAGCAGCUUCACGGUGCUGUGAUCAGACAUGAAUCAGACUGUCAGAUUUCAGUACAUAACUCUCUUAUAGAGAUGUAUUCCCUGUGUGGAAAUCCAGAGAAGUCCAGAGUAAUAUUUGAUUCUUUGGAAAGAAAAACCAUGGCUUCAUGGAGCUCAAUGAUUAAGGGUUAUGUGAGCAACGAACUUCCACUUGAGGCUUUGCUACUUUUUAAAGACAUGGGAACUUGUGGAGUUAGAGCAGACUCCAUAACUCUCAUUAACAUUUUGCCUGCAUGCGUAAGUUCAGGAGCUCUUGAGCAGGUGAAGAAUGUACAAGUUUAUUCAAUAAAACAGGGAUUGAAUUUACUAAUAUCUAUAAACACAGCUCUUCUUGUGAGCUAUGCAAAAUGUGGAUGUAUUGAGAUGGCACAAAAUCUUUUUGAUGAGGGAGAUAUCGAAUCGAGGGACAUUAUGUCAUGGAACUCGAUUAUAGGAGCUUAUUCCAAACAUGGAUAUUGGAAACCAUGUUUUAAAUUGUAUGAGCAAUUGAAAGAAUCGGAAGUUCUGCCAGAUCAAGUGACCUUCCUUGCUCUAUUGACGGCCUGCGUAAAUUCGGGCUUAGUGACAGAAGGAUGGGCAUUUUUCUCUGAGAUGGUAGAUAAAUUUAGCAUUCAGCCCGGUCAAGAACAUUAUGCAUGCAUGGUGGAUCUUCUGGGGCGCUCGGGGCAUCUUGAAGCCGCAGUAAAUGUCAUAGAAAAAAUGCCAUUUAAGGCUGAUGUUCGUGUAUGGGGGCCAUUGUUGAGUGCUUGGAAUUGGGAAGGUGUUGCAAAGAUGAGAAAUGGUCUUAAAGGUAAAGGCUUGAAGAAGAUGCCUGGAUAUAGCUGGCUGGAAAUUAAUGGACAAGUUCAUGAAUUUCAUGUUAUGGACCAAAGUCAUUCAGAAUCUGGAAGCAUAUAUAACAUGUUAAAAGUUAUGGAACAGGAUAUCAAGUCUGUUGAAGAUAUCUGCUGA